AUGCCAACCGAGCUGGGCAUUGACUAUAUCCCGUGCGGUCUGAUCGCCCCUGUGGCCCAUUACGUGGCCGUCGGUACCAAGAGUCUUGUCUUCGCCAAGGUCGAAAAUGCAAAUCUCCAAUGGCCAUACGUGGCUUAUUCCCUAGAAGGCUGUGGAAGAAAUUCUGCAUUAAGAGGGUGCAUGCUCAUUCCCGCCCGUGCUACCUCAUCAAUUCUAAUCCUGGUAUUGUGGCGUCAGCUAAGAGCCUCUUCUCAGCGUGGUUGCUUAUCGAUCUUGUUCUAUUUUCAUGACAUGGAUUUUCGAUUCAAGGUGUUCUCUGGUAAGGAACCGAAGCGCAUCAUGACCAAGUCACGCCAAAGCCACCGAUUAAUCUUCGCUCUCUUCAUUUUGCGAGCACAUGCUUUCUGCAGCAAUAAUGGCUCGAUUACACAAAGCCGCGAUGCCGCGCCUGCCAAGCGGAAGGUGCCAAGGACAAAAAUAUCUCAAGGCGGAUAG